AUGUCACUGAGACUUUUCCGGACUUUGUUUAUCAAAUCCCCUCUUCCAAGGGUCGCAUUACGUUUUUCUUACAACUUCACACUUCAUCAUAACCUAUCCACUUCGUCAACUACAUGUUUUAGAGGCAAAAGGAGGGACAUAGCUUCAAUUGCUUCUGCCCCCAGUUCAGUUGUUGUUCCUCCAGAGGAGCUAUUGAACUACAUCACUAGCGAACGUCGGAGUGUAGACCAGUUGUUGUCUAUCGACAUCCGGGAUUUCCCACCUGAGUUACGCUUAACUUGUUUGGAAGCUGUCUUACAGACAGCUUUGUUCUCUGCCUCGAGUUUAUCGCCAAUCGAUCGGUAUACCAUUGCUGUGGCUAAUAGCCUCGGAAUCGAUCCGUUUUCUACUGCUGUCCUAGCUUUUCUUCCGCCAUUUUUUGUUUUCCCAUUAAACAGUUCUUGGUUGUCAGACCCAAGAUUCCAUCUCCUACUUCUCAGCACUGUUGCUGGAGCAAGAACUCUUUCACGACCCCGCCUUCUUGUUCUUGCUGCUUGUCUCAGACAAAUUCCGGAGGAUUCGAAGGUCAAUUCCAAGUCUUUGGCUUCUGUUUUGCGCUUAAUAACUCAUCAAAUUAAUGAAUGUAGUCCUUCAGAACUUGUUUAUAUUGCCUCUCUUUUACGCAGCCUUCCGCGGAAAUCUGGAGAAAGCGAUUUCUCUUUGGCCAUUGAAGCUGAUCUUUUGCGAGAUGCUCUCAAUAAACACCUCUUAUCUCGUCUUGCUGAAAUGGAAAGUCUGGGGCUUUUGCCAUUUCUCCGUCUAGCUCACGACUUUGGUGAAGAUUUAUCUCCCAGUAAAACAGACAGACUCCGCUUUACUGCAACAAUAGAGACAGUAUUAUCGACUAGACUCAAGGAACAAAAUCUUUUUACAAUGUGUUUGCUUUGUUCUGCCAUGCAAAAGAUGCAGACCUUUCGACCAGGUCUAAUUCGACGAUUUAUGGGUCAAAUUCGACGAAAGCUACACCUAACAAGUAACUAUCCUACUACCGAACAGAGCGGCUGGGUUGCUGGAGCUUUGGCUGCGAUGACUAAUCUCGCAAUGGGGACAUCAAAUGUACAUAAUCAAAAAUCCAUCUUCUCUGCUGAUGAAUUCUGUGUCCUUCCCUUCGAGUUGAAUUUUGAAAAUUCGGAGUCAGCCCUACCCGUCCCGAAUAACUCCUCUCAGGGUCUUGAUAUUCACCCUCUUUUUACGGCUGAUUGGUCUCGCCAGCUACUCUUUGACGUUGGCGACUAUGUUACUGAGAGAUUGAAGUCCGGGAGCUGUGAUUCUGAUUCGGCUAAGCGGGUUGCUCUUUCUCUCUUAUUGCUCGGUGUUCGUCACGAAAAGCUGCUUCAAUUACAAAAGCCAGUCGUGAAAGCUUACGCCGAUUUGCUGAUAAGUCAACCUAGCAAUCUCCUUGCCCCCAGGGAGCUGGAAGCUUUCGAGGCACCUAGUAAUUUCUCUUCACCUAAGUCUAUUGAACUUGUGUCUUAUUUACCCCGCCUGGAUUGGCAAUUCUACUAUGAGUUUGCCAGUGUUGUGAAAUCAAACUCUUUUUCCAAUCUUACAUCACGCCAGCAGGAAUUACUAAAGGCUUAUGUGCAUUUGAAGAAGCCUAUAGUUGAGGAUUUUAUGUCUCAUUUACAUCAGCGAGUUAUUGGUAUUCCUGGAUUUGAAGUUCUUCCCUUCCAUAUAGUGCAAACUGAAUCGGGUGACCAACUGUUUGCCGACCUUGUUUUUCGGAAGGUUUCAUCGGUAGAUCCCAUGACUACUAAAUACGCUCUAUGCUUUUUGUUAUGGAAACGAGAUGACCUUGUUCCCCAACCAUUUGGUUCGCUUCUUGCGUCUUAUCUGGAUAAAACAGCUAUUCCAGUUGUUCCGAUGAUCUAUUGUGAUUGGCUCUCAACACAAGAGUUCAAUAAUAGAAGGGACACUUUUUUGAAGCAAUUGGCUCAGAAACUUGCUGAUGCGGAUGGUGUUGUCACGGCAACAACCAAAGCAAUACCUCUUCGAGAUGUUAUCAAUUUGUAA